CCAUUGACGGGAGGCAAGUGUGUGUGUGAGCUGUGAGGCGGCCUCCCUUCUCCCGUGCUCUCUGCCUACCACCCAAGAAAAGCAAGCACUCACGGGCGGGGCCUGGCCGCCGCCACCACCACCGCCCCACCUCGGCGGCCCCGGCCGAGCGAGCGCCACCCCCACGCCCGGCCCCAAAUGCAUCCCGCCUUCCGCCGCUGCCUUUUCCUCUCCCUCGGCCUCAUCUCGGCCUCCCUCCUCGCGCUCCGGGCGGGCGCCGGAGAUGCGGUGGCAAUGCAGGCGCUGCGCCGCGGGCUGGCGCCGCCGGACUGGACGGCCGCGCCGGCAGACUACUGCGCCUGGCGCGGCGUCACGUGCUCCGGGGCCCGAGAGGUCACCGCGGUCGAGCUGCCCCGUCAGGGCCUCCGCGGCGACUUCUCGGCCGCCGCCGGGCUCCGCGCGCUGGCGCGGCUCGAUCUCUCCUUCAACGCGCUCGCCGGCGCCGUCCCCGCGGCUCUCGGUGCGCUCGCUCGCCUCGAGCUCCUCGACCUCUCCAUGAACAGGCUCGCCGGCCCCAUCCCGGCUGCCCUCGGCGGCGCCGUCGGCCUCAAGUUCUUGAACCUCUCCAACAACGCGCUCUCCGGCGCCAUCCCCGACCACCUCAGGAGCCUCAAGGACCUCCAAGAAGUGCAGAUUUCGGGAAACAACCUCACCGGCGCCAUCCCCGGCUGGCUCGCCGGCCUCCCGGGCCUCCGCGUGCUCUCCGCUUACGAGAACGCGCUCUCGGGGCCGAUUCCGCCGGGGCUCGGCCUCUCGUCCAAGCUUCAAGUGCUCAACCUCCACUCCAAUAGCCUCGAGGGGAGCAUACCCAGCAGCCUCUUCGACCUUGGUAAUCUGCAGGUUCUUAUCCUCACCGUGAAUAGGCUCAACGGCACAAUCCCGGAUUCAAUCGGCCGGUGCCUCGGCCUAUCCAACGUGCGCAUCGGCAACAAUCGCCUCGCAGGCGCCAUCCCGGCAUCCAUCGGCGAUGCUACCAGCCUGACCUACUUUGAGGCCGACAGCAACCAGCUGUCUGGCAGUAUCCCCGCUCAGUUUGCAGGCUGCGCCAACCUGACGCUGCUCAAUUUGGCCUACAACCGCCUUGUCGGCGAGGUGCCGGACAUGCUUGGUGAGCUGAGGAACCUGCAAGAGCUCAUUAUCUCCGGCAAUGGCCUCGGGGGCGAGUUCCCCAGGUCCAUUCUGCGGUGCCGGAACUUGAGCAAACUGGACUUGAGUUACAACGCUUUCCGCGGUGGCUUGCCAGAUGCCAUCUGCAACGGAUCAAGGUUGCAGUUUCUUGUGCUCGAUCACAACGAGUUCUCGGGUAGCAUCCCGCACGGUAUAGGUGGCUGCAGCCGGCUUCUUGAACUGCAGCUUGCCAACAACAAUCUGAGUGGUGUGAUACCAGCUGAAAUGGGCAAGAUCAAGAGCUUACAGAUUGCGCUCAACCUUAGCUUCAACCACCUUUUAGGGCCGCUGCCCCGAGAACUUGGUCGGCUCGAUAAGCUCGUCGCGCUUGAUUUAUCCAGCAAUGAGAUAUCUGGUGAGAUCCCUGGUGACAUGAGAGGGAUGCUGAGCUUGAUAGUUGUCAACUUGUCAAACAACCGGCUCCGUGGUGCCAUACCGGAGUUUGGGCCAUUUCAGAAAAGUGCAGGGUCCAGUUUCUCUGGCAAUGCCAAGCUGUGCGGCGACCCGCUGGACGUGGACUGUGGACCGAUUUAUGGUUCCAAUUAUGGAUCAGACCACAGGAAGAUAUCUUACAGGGUGGCUUUGGCAGUUGCUGGGUCCUGCGUGCUCAUCUUCUCGGUGGUAUCGUUGGUGGUAACGUUGUUCAUGUGGCGUGAGAGGCAGGAGAAGGAGGCCGAUGCAAAGAAGGCCGAGGCAGGAGAGGUGGUCGUCGAAGCACGGCAUGUCAUGGCCUCAAGUGUGUUCAUCGAGAGCUUGCAGCAGGCCAUUGAUUUCCAGACUUGUGUCCAGGCCACGUUCAAGGAGGCCAGUGCAGUGAGGAGCGGCACGUUCAGCACAACCUACAAGGCUGUCAUGCCAUCAGGCAUGGUGGUGUGUGUCAAGAAGUUGAAGUCGGUCGACCGCGCGGUCGUCCACCACCAGGCCAAGAUGAUCCGGGAGCUUGAGCGUCUCGCGCACGUAAACCAUCCCAACCUUGUGCGUCCCAUUGGGUAUGUCAUCUACGAGGAUGUUGCAUUGCUGCUGCAGUAUGACUUGCCCAACGGAACAUUGCUUCAGCUGCUGCACAAUUCAGACAACUGCGAUGGUACUGACAACCAGAAGCCUGACUGGCCAAAGCUCUUGUCAAUUGCAAUGGGUGUCGCCGAAGGGCUGGCCUUCCUCCACCAGAUUGCCACCAUCCACCUCGACAUUUCUUCGGGUAAUGUCUUCCUUGACUCACACUACAACGCCCUUCUCGGCGAGGUUGAGAUCUCCAAGCUGCUGGACCCUUCAAAGGGCACUGCCAGCAUCAGCGCGGUUGCUGGCACAUUUGGUUAUAUACCUCCAGAGUAUGCCUACUCAAUGCAGGUUACUGUACCAGGGAAUGUGUACAGCUUCGGGGUGUUGCUGCUCGAGAUCCUGACGUCCAAGAUGCCGGUGGACGAGGAGUUCGGCGAGGGUGUGGACCUUGUCAAGUGGGUGCACUCUGCGCCGGAGAGAGGGGAGACGCCGGAGCAGAUCAUGGACCCAAGGCUGAGCACCGUGUCGUUUGCGUGGCGGAGGCAGAUGCUCGCCGUGCUCAAGGUCGCCAUGCUGUGCACGGAGCGCGCCCCGGCGAAGCGGCCCAAGAUGAAGAAGGCUGUAGAGAUGCUGCAGGAGGCCAAGAACAGCUGACCACUGACUGCAUCCUCUUGCUGAAUGCUAAGAUUGCUCCCUCGGAGACGAAAUGACAAGCAUAAAGAACCAAUGCACGCCGCGAAUCUGCAGUAAUUAUUCGGCCGGGUAUGAAUCCAAUGGCCAUUUUCUUCUUUGUAUAUAGUCUUGAUUUUUUUCCUUUCUCAAACUGCCGGUAGCAUGCAUUGCCAGCAUCAAAGAACCAUGCAUCGUGAACAGCUUUGAGCAUUGUUUGGCAUUACAGUACUACUUGCCGAUGGCAACGUGAGAAUGUUUGGUCCA